AUGGAAGAGGAAGCGGGGGAUAUUGUUUUGCAUGGAGAAGCAGAGAUUAUGGUCAAAACUCUAAGACACAUCCCGUUGAACAAAAUCGGCUCCAAGGAAUGGAAACGUCAACACGAAUACCUAAACAAACUCAACCAGCAAGCACAACUCAAUGUUCACGCGCAAGUUUCAGAUUACAUCUCCGAGGCGUUUGCGGUCACGCACGAAAUCAAAACGCUCGUCAAGGACUUGCUCGCCGCAGAACUGUGGCGCGAGAAGGUGGUGCCGAUUAUGAUCAAAACUAAGGAUUUCGCCCCGAAGUCCACGAUUCCGUUCUAUUUAUCAAUGUAUAACGAAGCGGUGAUUCUCAAUCUCCUGGAAACGAUUUCGUUCAACGCAGAAGUUAUUGAAACGAUUGGAGAUUUAGCUGUCGAUUUGGUUGAUUAUUGCUACAGGACGCUUUCAUUACUUUAUGCUCAGCAUCAAAAUGGAGUGAAACACGAUAAACCAGACGGGGAUCAAACACCUCGCGACAUCUACAACAACUUCAUAACUUCCAUGUUCCUGGAAUACGGUCCAAAAUGCAUCACGAUACUCAGAUACCUCUCUGAAGCUGGGAAGGGAAUUCCAUUGGACGCACACACGAGAAUUAUUCGAAAACUCAACGUUCCACAGCUUCUGGUCGCUUUGAUGGAAGAUGGCUGCGGUUGGAUCGAGAGCGACAGGUUUUAUAUUUCUGGAAAGUGGCACAAGAAAACGGAUCCGUUAUCGCCACAUGAAACAGGGAUUUUACUCCUAUUACGGCAGCUACUUACAUGCGAAGACUUUUCUUCAUACGAAUUCCACCAGCAAAAUAUUUCGGCCCUGAUGCGAGUUCAGAAAUAUUUGACGCCGACUGUUCUUCAAUUUUGCUCGCCGCUGAAUGAUUUGAAUACUGUUCUUUCUCAGUUGCAAGUUUCUCCUCCCGAUCAAGCGAAAUCCUAUUCCUUGUUGAUAGAAUCCGAGCCGGAGUUGAGGGAUGAAAUGAUUCAAGAAUUUAAAGACGCGUACCCCUCCCUCGCCAAAUCCGCCAUGACGAGUUGGGCAAAGCCUUCUUUUGAGCAAACACAGCGCGAUGCAAAGGAGCUUGUCAAAAUGUGGCAGAUCGAUCGCCUCGAACAGCUGAUGAAUGAGGUUCCAAAGUGCGAAGUUUGCGGCGCAGAAUCUGAGAAUCGAUGCUCCAGUUGUAAAACUGUCUGGUACUGCCGUCGCCAAUGUCAAAUCGAACACUGGGCAGAACACAAGAAAAUCUGCGACAUGCUCAAACAACGCUAG